UAAAAAUAGGAGAAACAUUUUCUUCCUUGUUCAUUUGAAAGCUAAAACGGAACUCCACCUUUACACAUCAUACUAAAGUCAUGUACAUCUUCCCUAUGAUUUAUUUGAUAUUUCGCAGUUGGCGGAUGAGAAGACCAAAGCCAUUCGUCUUUCAUCUUUGAUAAGGUGAUAUUUUCUGGCAUUAAUCAGUUAAAUCAAUGCAUCCAACCAGGAAGGCAUUGGGCGUUCUAUUGAUUUCGAUGAUCGUUGAGGUGAACUCCAAUCAGCGUACACAUCGAGAGAAAAGAAUGCUGGGAAUUUUCAAGUUUGGUUUGAUGGUCAGAUGUGCUACAAAACGUCAUCCCUUCAGCUACACAUUUUAUGGUUGCUGGUGUGGUAUAGGUGGAGGUGGUAAAAUUGUCGACGAAACUGACAGAUGUUGCUACCAUCAUGAUCAAUGUUAUGAGGAUGCCAUCCGAAGGGGAGAUUGUCAAUAUUAUGAAUGGUUUAUUACAAACUACUCUCGCAUUGGCUGCACUGGUUGUAGUCUGGAAAACUCGCGAUGUGGCAAAGCAGUUUGUCGUUGUGAUCAAAAGGCAGCAGAAUGUUUUCGUCGGGCAGCUUUUCACAGAAAAAACAUGUAUUACAAAUUAAAUAUUUUUAAACGUUGCUGAGGAUAUAUUAUUUUAUUAAUCAUUAAUGACAAACUACUUUUGAAAAUGAUUCAUUAUCAAAUAUCAACAGUAGUUUAAUUUUCAACAGUGUUUUAUGUCAUGUAUACCUUGCCGACGUUGUAUAAUUAAUGCAUUAUAUAUGUGCGACAAUCCUAUUAAAAAUAAUUAUACCUUUGUUGCAUGUUUA